AUGGAAUUUUGUUCUAUUUACCAAAUCACCUGGACUAUUUGCCAAGCCCUCGUCUCCUCUACUCAAGUUCUGUGGCUUAACAAUGAGAGAAAGUGGGAAAAUGCGUUGGGGUUUCAAAAUGCUGCUUUUAAAAUUUGCCCCUGGAUCCUGGUGACUUUGCUCAGUGCUGCUUUGACAUGGGGUGAAGAAUUGGGGAAAGAUGCUUCUCAUUUACUUAAUAAUCUAAUCCUGCAGACCAAAGUGCUUCACAUUUCUGCCCUAUGUCUAAGGGUUAGAAUGGUAAUUUAUACAUCAGAUUUGUUUCGACCUGUAAUUGAAACAAUAGGCUUAAAAUAG